GAGGAAGAGGAGGAGGAGGAAGAGGAGCGGGGAGGAGGAGGGGGGGGCUUAGCCAGACCAGCCACAUACACCCCCCUCUUUAGACGGAACAAGCGAGAAGAUUUCUCUCUCCCUCCCCCCACCCCCGAAUCCACCUUCCUCGCUCCACCCCUGGAUCUUUUGAUGGAGAGCGCAACCCCACCGCGAGCACAGGAGCAGCGGGGCUCCCUGGAUCGGGCAGCCCGGCAGCAAAAUGCUGAUAGUUGAAAAGACAGCUGACCACCCUGUUCCCGAAUACUCCCUGGUAGAAGAUGCUGCCUUCCAUGCCACGUACUUGAUGGACAGGCUGAACGAGCAGCGCCUCUUCCAGCCCGACUUGUGCGACGUGGACAUCGUCCUGGUGCAUCAGAAGUCCGUCUUGCCGGCCCACAAGGGGGUCCUGGCAGCCUACAGUCCGUUCUUCCACUCCCUCUUCACCCAGAACAAGCAGCUCCAGAGAGUCGAGCUUUCUCUGGAGGCCUUGACCGCCCUGGGCCUUCAGCAGAUCUUGAACUUUAUCUACACCUCGAAGCUCUUGGUCAACGAUGCCAACGGUCAGGAUGUCCUGAAGGCGGCCUCGGUCUUGCAGAUGACCGACAUCGCCUCCUCCGUUCAGGAACUCCUCACCACCCGAGCUCUCAGCUUGGCCAUGACCAACAACAUGGCAUUGGCUUCGGACAACGCUAGCAAAGCCACCCCACUGCCUCAGUUCUUCUGCGACGUGAAGCAAGAAAUGGACCCCACACGCCCUAAGAUCUUCGCCCGAGAAGGCAACAUCCCGUAUUCUGUGCGGGUGGAGGAUGGCAACCGAGACCAGCCUACUACGGCCAACAAGACGUUCUACAAGGAAGAGGAACGCGGAGCUCCCCCUGUCUGCAAGAUGGAAGGGGACGCUGCGGAGACUCCCUUGGGCAGCCAAGGCUCCUACAGCCGUGGCGAGCAGAUCAUUGUGGAGGUCAACCUGAACAACCAGACCCUCAACGUCUCUACGGGUGCAGAGGGACAGCCUACUGCGGCCAACCAAGCGGCUGCAGAAGCUGGACGGCCAGAAGGAGGUUCCUCGGUGGUGGGUCGGGAACAAGAAGACGGCGGUAAGCAAGAUGAAGAGGACGAUGCAGAUAUGGGUGAGGAAGAUGGGCGCUCGGAAGAGGAAGACCUGGAAGAGGAGAACACCUCGGAAGAGGAAGAAGAAGAGGAGGAGGAAGAGGAGGAGGAAGAAGAAGAAGAAGAGGAGGAGGAGGAAGAGGAGGACAGAGGGGACAAUGUGGCCAAGAGUAGAGGGGAGAAGACCGGAGGACCUCGGAGAACUAGGUCACUGGCCAAGGCCACCAACUCAUCCACGUCCCCCAAAAUGGGUGAGGUUCCCACCACGAUGGAAGGAGAGGAGGAGGAGGAGGAGGAGGGAGAAGCUGAAGACGAAGUCGCUGAGCGGGACGAGGGGAAUCAGAGAGCCAAGAAGCAGAAGAAGGACCAGGAUACUCCCGGCCAGAAGGUCAAGCUGGAGGAGAAGCAACAUUAUCCGUGCAAGAAGUGUCCGCGCGUGUUCAACAACCGCUGGUACCUGGAGAAGCACAUGAACGUCACGCACACCCGCAUGCAGAUUUGCGAGAAGUGUGGCAAGAGAUUCCUGCUGGAGAGUGAGCUGGUCUUGCACCACCAGACGGACUGUGAGAAGAACAUCCAGUGCAUGACUUGUGGGAAGGUUUUUAAGAAGCUCUGGUCGCUGCAUGAGCACAACAAAAUUGUCCACAGUUACGCCGAGAAGAAAUUCUCCUGCGAGAUCUGCGAGAAAAGGUUCUACACAAUGGCGCACGUGCGGAAACACAUGGUUGCUCACACGAAGGACAUGCCGUUCACCUGCGAGACGUGUGGGAAGUCCUUCAAGCGAAGCAUGUCACUGAAAGUCCAUUCCCUCCAGCACUCAGGCGAGAAGCCAUUCAAAUGUGAGAAUUGCAAUGAGCGAUUCCAGUACAAAUACCAGCUGCGUUCGCACAUGAGCAUCCACAUCGGCCACAAACAGUUCAUGUGCCAGUGGUGCGGGAAGGACUUCAACAUGAAGCAGUAUUUUGACGAGCACAUGAAAACACACACAGGCGAAAAACCAUACAUCUGUGAGAUCUGUGGGAAGAGCUUCACCAGUCGCCCCAACAUGAAACGCCACCGGCGGACGCACACGGGCGAGAAGCCCUACCCUUGCGAUGUCUGCGGUCAGCGCUUCCGGUUCUCCAACAUGCUCAAGGCUCACAAGGAGAAGUGUUUCCAGGUCAGCAACCCCACCGGUUUAGACGCCAACCGAGAUACGAACUCUCUUGGUCUCCUCGCUUCUCCAAACACCAACUCAAUUCUCCUGGCCACCGGCGUCCCUCUCCAUUCGUCCUCGCCUUCCCAUGCGCUUCCUUUGCCUCUCGGACAUCCUCACGCGCACCCCAUACCUGCUCCUCCUCCUCCUCUUCUACCACCGCCACCGCCAGCUCUCUUCCCUGGUAGCAGAGUGAACAUGGGCAACUAGACCCCGCUCAACCUCUGGUGUGUCAAACUUGGCUCAUAAUUCUGUAGGUCUCUCUCUGAUGCCAUUGUGGUUUUGUGGUCAGCGGGCAUCACAUUGGGGUUUUAGUUUGAGGGACCUGACGUUCUUGGUUCUUCAACAGGAGCAUCUAGAACCUUGAGAUUAUGGUUGCUACUCAAGCCACAGAGAUGACAUUGUUGAUCUAUUUGCUCAUGGAAGGAGGCCGACCACUUUUGCAGUUUUGACCAAGUCUUCUGAGAUAUGUUGGACUUCAGCUCCUACAUCCGUAUGGAUGGUGUAGGAGAAACAGUUAUUUAUUGACUCUGAAGAUCUUGAGAAGAUGAUAAGAGCUUGCAAGGUGGGAAGACACAGCCAAGGACUUUCCGAACCUAUCUGGUCAGAUAAUAGGUUUGGGUUUCUCUUGGAGGUUGAAAUGGAGGGUGCCUUCACUCAAGGCAAGAAGGUUGGGAAGGGAGCACUCCAGUUUUUCAUGGUCCUCCGAAUGGAAGUAGAGAAAUAUGGAAACCUUGCUCCACGGAAGUCCCAAAGGUGCUUUUUCAGGAGGCAACUGGA